CACUCACUUCACUUCAUCCUCCUCCAUCUCCUUCAGUCAGCCAGUCAGUCAGGCCGAAUCGCUCGGUUUGUUAUGUCGUGACGGCCCCCCCGGAGCCCCGACGAGAGGCCGCCGUUUCAGCGAUCCCCUUUUCGCGCGACCGCAGCGACAGGCGCCCCAUCAUCGAUGCGACCCGUCCUUCGGAUUUGCGAGCAGUGAUCGCGGAGAUUCUGCACGGAAAUGCGCCGGAAUGUCAAAGUGCUCGUCCUUUUCUCCGCCGCUUGGAUGAUCCUGGUCGUGUUCUAUCUGCAAUCCGGCAAGGAUUCGAAGAGCGAGAACAAAGCUUUAAGGCUGAAGGAGAGCCCGACGGGGGCGCCGCCGCCGCCGGCGCCUGAAGACCCGGCGGCGGGGCCCGGAGUGCCGAUGGCGCUGCAAAGCCUCGAGACCACCGACGGGCGAUUGGCUUGGAACUACUUCGACGAGGCCAGUUACGUGUCGAAAGGGCGUUUGCUGGCCAACGAGGAUCCCUACGACAGGAACAAGUUCAAUCAAUUGGCCAGCGACAAUUUGCCCAGCAACAGGGAGAUUCCUGAUACGCGGAACGCCAUGUGUCGAAAGAGGACUUUCAACACGGCCGAGUUCCCUUCCACCUCGGUGAUAAUUACAUUCCAUAACGAAGCCAGAUCGACUCUAUUAAGGACUGUCGUCAGCGUACUUAAUAGAAGUCCGGAACAUCUAAUCAAAGAAAUCAUACUCGUCGACGAUUUCAGCGAUAACCCCUCCGACGGCGAGGAACUGUCCAAGAUCCAAAAAGUCCGCGUCCUGCGCAACGACAAGCGCGAAGGGCUGAUGAGAUCCCGAGUAAAAGGCGCCGACGCCGCCACCGCCUCCGUCCUCACCUUCCUCGACAGCCACUGCGAAUGCAACGCCAACUGGCUGGAACCCUUGCUGGAAAGAGUCACCGAGGACCCCACCAGAGUCGUUUGUCCCGUCAUCGAUGUCAUCAGCAUGGAUACGUUCCAGUACAUCGGAGCAUCGGCGGAUUUGCGGGGCGGUUUCGAUUGGAAUUUGGUGUUCAAAUGGGAGUACUUGAGUUUCGCCGAAAGGGAGAACCGCCAGAGGGAUCCCACGCAGAUAAUCAAAACGCCGAUGAUAGCCGGCGGGUUGUUCGUAAUAGACAAAGCAUAUUUCGAUAAACUGGGCAAAUACGAUAUGAAGAUGGACGUGUGGGGUGGCGAGAAUCUGGAGAUAUCGUUCAGGGUGUGGCAGUGCGGUGGUAGCUUAGAAAUAAUCCCCUGCAGUAGGGUGGGUCAUGUGUUCAGGAAGAGACACCCAUACACGUUCCCGGGAGGCAGCGGAACGGUCUUCGCCAGGAACACCCGAAGAGCGGCUGAAGUCUGGAUGGACGAUUACAAGAAUUUCUACUACGCCUCCGUUCCGCUGGCCAAAAGCGUACCGUUCGGAGACAUCGGCGAGCGGUUGGAGCUGAAGUCGCGGCUGCGCUGCAAGCCGUUCAAGUGGUACCUGGAGCACGUGUACCCCGAUCUGGCGGUGCCGCAGUCGCCGGCCCAGCGCUCCGGCCAGAUCCGCCAGGGGCGGCUCUGCUUGGACACGAUGGGGCGGCUGCUCGGCGGCGCCGUUUCGCUCUUCCAGUGCCAUCAAACCGGCGGCAACCAGGAGUGGGGCCUCACCAACACCGGCCUGCUCAGGCACCACGACAUGUGCCUCACUCUCGUGCGCUUCGUUAAAGUGGGUUCGCAGGUGGUGAUGAGGAUCUGCGAGGGGUCCGACGAGCAGAAGUGGCAGGUGAUCCAGCCCGAUGGGUUGCUGCGCAACGGGAAGUACCCGCUGUGUUUGGAUUCGAAGUACUCGGACGGGAGGGGCGUCACGGCGGAGCGGUGUAGCAGCAACGCGGCGUCGCAACGGUGGGAAUUGAUUAGUAGCGCUUGAGGGCGGAA